UUUCGUUCGCCUGAUACUCAGACGCAGCGCCGCUUGAUUCUCUAUCUUCCUUUCUCCUCUCAGAUUCAAAGAUGCAUAUAUUGGAGCCAACGAGCUUCGUCCACACAGAAGCUCUCUCUCCUCUCCCCUUCUAUGCUCCUUUCGAAUCAAAUGCCCAACCUCUGCUCUCCAAAUUACGGAGAUUAACCACUCUUCCGAGGAGCCAUCGCUUUUGUAUCGAUAGCCAUGUUUUUUUAACUCUUAUGUAAAUCAACUGUAAUCUGAUAUUUCAGGCUUUUGGAUUCCUGAAAUACGUUCUCGAUCUGCUCUAGAUUAAAGAAAGUUUCAAAUUUUUUUUUUUUUCUCUUUCUCUUUUUUAUAAAUCUGUGUACGUAAGGAAGGUUAGGAUUAGGGUUUUUUUGUUUGAAUUUUCUCUGGUCUUUCCUUGUUUGGCUUUUUUUUUUUUUUUUUUUGGAGAUGGAAAUGGAGAGUUCUCGUAGAUCCAUUGAUAGGUCGAGAGAACCAGGUUUAAAGAAACCUAGGUUGUCUGAAGGGGCCGAACGAGAUCGUGGUUUGAACGGUGUUGUCGAUCGUGAUAGAUCGUUCCAGCAGAGAGUUUCUACCGUUGGAAGCGGCCCUGGAGCUGGGCCCUUACUUUCGAGGUUUAGAACGAACGAGAAGGACAAGAAUGCGGAGAGAGAUGAGCCUGUUCGAGGAGUUUAUCAACAACGGCAGCAUCAAGAACUUGUCAGUCAGUAUAAGACAGCUAUUGCAGAACUGACCUUCAAUUCUAAGCCUAUCAUCACUAACCUGACUAUUAUCGCUGGGGAGAACGUCCAUGCUGCCAAGGGAAUCGCAGCCAUUAUCUGCGCGAAUAUUAUCGAGGUACCCAGUGAGCAAAAGCUACCAUCUCUCUACCUUCUAGAUAGUAUUGUAAAGAACAUUGGGAGAGAUUACAUCAAAUACUUUGCUGCCAGACUACCUGAGGUGUUCUGCAAGGCCUAUAGACAGGUUGACUCUUCAAUUCAUUCUGGUAUGCGACAUCUUUUUGGGACUUGGAAAGGUGUAUUUCCCCCUGCCACUCUUCAGAUGAUAGAGAAAGAACUUAAUUUCUCCCCUGCCACGAAUGGUUCAUCUUCUGGUACCCCAGUAUCCAGGUCUGAUUCACAAUCACAACGCCCACCACAUAGCAUUCAUGUGAAUCCUAAGUAUUUAGAAGCAAGGCAGCGCCUUCAACAGUCAAACAGGAACUCUCAGCGUCCCCAAAGAGAAGUGUUAAGUGAGCCUGUUCAAGGGAACACCAGUGUGGCAUAUGGAGAUUAUGAAUAUGGUUCUGAUCUUUCGAGGCGUCCAGACAUGGGAACAGGGAGUGGCACUGAUAAGCUUAGUGAGCGGGAACUUGACAAGACUUGGUAUGGAGUGGGAAGUAGUGCUGUGGACUCAGUUGUUGGCCAAAGAAAUGGGUCUGAUGCACAGCGUGGAUUUUCCAACUACCAAGCACCUAGAUCUACUCAAACUGUUGCUCAGCUACCGCCAACACCGAGCACUGCAAAGAAAAGUAGCAGAGGGAUAUCUAGGAACUGGAAAAACUCUGAGGAAGAAGAGUACAUGUGGGAUGAUAUGAACUUCAGAUUAAUGGAUCAUGGGGCCCGUGAUAGCUCAAGGAGAGAUGGUUGGACUUCGGAUGAUUCAGAAAAGCUGGAAGAGGAACACCUUUCACGACCUCGGAGUGAUGAUAUUGGGUCUAGGCUUAAUAGAGAAGCUUUCUCGGAUUCAAAAUCCAUUACACAAAGAGGACAAGCAACAUUUGGGCAUCGAACAUCACCGACGUGGUCAUUGCAAGAACCACACCUCUUAGAUACCCAUACAAGCCAAACUUCAAUGGUUUCAGGUGGUUCAGAUUCUUGGAGUAGUUCAUCUUUGACCAUGGCCGGGCUUCGUUCCCAGAUGGUUCCAUCAUCGGUAUCUUCUGGAGUCUUAGAGCAACAACGACAUCUUCCUCCAGGUUCUGCAUCCCCAUCUAGACAGUCUCCCAUUCACCAGCAUCCUCGCUCACCUUCUUCUUCAUCACUUCAUCAGCAUCAACAAUCGCAUAAUUUGUCGGAGCAAGACCAUCCACAAGCACAAUCCUUUGAUCAGCCUGCUUUGAAACCAUCUCAGCUUGCAGGAUUAUUGAAUCGUGUACCUCAAGAGUCUUUCCACAUCCCUGUUAAUCCACCUGGCAAUUCUCAAAAUUUGCAGUUAAAUCAAUCAACUCCUCCCCAACAUCUACGAACAUCAUCUGCUUUAAUGCCUUUUCCUCAACUAAAGCCUCAUGCUCCUUUAUUACAGCAGCCACAGGCAGAGAAAAUGCUGUCUCAAUUUUCUGGUCAGUCCCAGAAGCUACUGCAUCAAGGCCCAAAUUUUGGAACUCUAACAACAGGGUCUUCCCUCCUGAGCCAUUCAAAUUGUUCCUCUGCAGAUCCAAUUGGAGAAUCAAACGCUAGUAGUUUAUUGAGUGCAAUUUUGAAAAAAGGACUACUUUCAAACAACUUAGCUAGUGGUGGUCUCCCCAACCUUAAUUUCCAGGAGUCGGGGUCGUUGCCAUCUAAUAUGAGUAUACAGCCCCCUCUGCCAAAUGGACCUCCCCCUGUCCAGCAUGCUGCAUCCUCAAUUCCCAUGGUCUCGGAAGGUUCUUUAUUGGCUUCAGCUUCCCAUGGGAAUGCAUCAACUAUAUCAACACUACCUCAGAAGACAACUGUACGGCCUCCUCUGCCUCCUGGACCUCCACCUUCUUCAUCUAUUGGAGGUAGCACAUCAGUGCAGAUGUCAAGUGUAACUAGUGCUGCUCCUAAUACUCUUUCAAAUCUUUUGAGUUCAUUAGUUGCCAAGGGAUUAAUAACUACUUCAACAACAGAGUCAUCAACUGUCUCUACUACCCAGGUGUUGAGUCAAAACCAAAAUCAGAGCCCUGGCCCAAUUACCAUUAGCUCCGUGUCUGUUUCCUCAUGUCCAGCUGCUGCAACCCUCCUUUCAACUUCUGGGAAUGAACUUCCUUUUACAGAAUCUUGCCUGAAAACCACAACUAGCUUGUCUCAAGGUACGACAAGUGAAUCCAAGGGCCUCAUAGGUAUUGAGUUCAAGCCAGAGAUUAUCCGAGAAUCACAUUCGUCAGUUAUCAGUGGCCUCUUUGAUGACCUCCCAUAUCAUUGCGAGAUCUGCGGUCUUCGAAUUAGAUUCGAGGAAAGACUCAAUGAACAUAUGGAGUGGCAUGCUUCAAAGAAUCCUGAACAAAGUAGUUGCAACAUGGUUUCAAGGAGAUGGUAUGCAAAUUUGGGUGACUGGAUUGCCGGGAACAGAGGGCACCCAUCUGGACCUACAUCAGCUGCAUCAACUGAAGUUUCAGCGAAGGUAUUGGAGGAGAAUGAACAGGCAGUCCCUGCUGAUGAAAGCCAAUGUGUGUGUGUAUUAUGUGGGGAGCUGUUCGAGGAUUUUUACAGUUUUUUAAGAGAUGAAUGGAUGUUCAAAGGAGCAGUGUAUAUGUCCCUCCCGGCUAGGGAGGGCAAUGGCGGAACUUCUGGUGGGAGUGCUAUCCAGGGUCCCAUUGUGCAUGCGAACUGUAUCUCACAAAGUUCUGUUUAUGACUUGCGAUUGACUGAGCGUGUUAAAUUGGAACAGGCAGAUGGAUGAUACUUCAAAGUUAUAAAUUCCAUUCAUUGUAAUGAGGAUAUGAUGAAUAAACUGGCACAGGAUAUCCAGGUUUAUCAAGCAAUUUGGCUGGUGCUUGAAAAUGGGAUUGGGGGCCAAGCUGCACCCCAAUCACAUCCGAUCCCUAGCUACCGAAGAAUCAGCUCUGCUAUUGGUGCAUCACAUUUUCACCUUAAAGCAGAUGAGAAUAGAUAUCAUUAAUACA